AAUAGUAGCCAAACCGGGUCCAAAUUGAAUCAAAUGGGGGAAGCGGACGCCGACGCGAGGUAUACUCCUCCCGGCGCGGUCAUAGGUAAUAAACCAAACGCCGACUCCACGCCCUCCGCAUUCCUGCGAUCCUCCUCCUCUUCCCUGGCGGAUAAGAUCAUCUCUGCCCGAUCUCUCUCUCUCUCUCGCUCGGUCGCUCUCACAGGCGCUCUCGUCCCGCAAAAUUAGGGUUAGGGUUUCGGCCCCGCCUUCCCUUCUCUUUCCCCGUCCUAUGAGGCGAAUCGCUCCUUCGCAUUGACCUCCGCUUCGAGUUCAUCAUCGAUGGCGACCGCCGCGCCCCCGCCCUACCCCGACGAUCCCGCCGUCUGGUACGGAAGCAUCCAGUACCUCCUCAACAUCUCCGCCGCUGGCGCCGCCUCUUGCCUCCUCCUCUUCCUUCUCGUCAAGCUUCGGUCUGACCACCGCCGCUCCCCCGGCCUCUCCGCCCUAGCCUCCAAGCUCCUCGCCGUCUACCACGCCACCACCGCCCAGAUCGCCCUCCAUUGCGGCGCCGAUGCUGCUCAAUUCCUGCUCAUCGAACGCGCUAGCUUCGCCAUCCUCCUCGCUGUCGCUCUCGUUGCCCUCUGCGCUGGGCUGCCACUCAAUCUCUGGGCCGGAUCGGCGCCCCUCGCUGAUCAGUUUGCUCGCACCACCAUCUCCCACAUCCGGCCAGGCUCGCCGCUGCUCUGGCUCCCCUUCCUUCUUGCGGCAAUCGUGGUCGCCAUUGCCCACGUUGGGAUCUCUCGGAUGGAAGAUGACCUCAGGAUCACUCGAUUCCGUGACGGGAACCGGCACCCUAGCGACCCCAAUUCGGGAUCGGUCUCGAUGUUCACCGUCAUGGUGCAGGGGAUCCCCAAAAGCCUAGCUGCCAAUAAAGCCCAGCUGGAGGAGUACUUUCAGCACCGCUAUCCAGGGAAGGUCUACCGGGUGAUCGUGCCUUUCGAUUUGUGCACCCUGGAAUAUCUUGCUGCGAAGUGGACGAAGGUCCAGAAUGAGAUCUCUUCCUUGGAAGCUCGUAUUGGAACCCCAAGCCUGUCCGAUGAUGACCUAUACGGUAGCCAGCUUAAUCAGCAUCAACUAUGGAGGAGAGCCAAAGAGGCGUGGGCAAUGAUUGUUGUAAAGUUGGGCCUUACAAAGGAAGAGAGGCUGAAGAAAUUGCACGAUCUGAGGUCGGUGUUGCAAACCAAACUCUUAGAUUACAAGGAAGGGCGGGCACCGGGUGCUGGAAUUGCAUUCAUUGUUUUUAAGGAUGUUUACACCACCAACAAGGCUGUGAGGGAUUUAAGAACCGAGAGAAAGAGGAGACCUACUGGGCAGUUCUUCCCUGUGAUGGAACUCCAACUCGGACGGAACCGAUGGAGGGUAGAGAGGGCCCCGCCUGCAGUCGAUAUAUAUUGGAAUCAUUUGGGUUUGAGCAAGGUUUCACUGAGAAUGCGUAAGAUAGCUGUGAAUGGUUGCCUUCUUUUGAUGCUUCUCUUCUGCAGUUCACCUCUUGCAGUGAUUAAUGCAAUGAAGAGUGCUGCAAGGAUUAUCAAUGCUGAGGCUGUGGACAAUGCUCAGUUGUGGUUAACUUGGUUUGAAGGCUCGAGCUGGCUUGGGGCUGUUAUCCUUCAGUUCUUGCCUAAUGUCCUUAUAUUUGUGAGCAUGUACAUAAUAAUGCCAUCUGCCCUGUCCUACCUUUCCAAGUUUGAAUGCCAUCUUACUGUUUCUAGGGAGCAAAGAGCUGCAUUGCUUAAAAUGGUUUGCUUCUUUUUGGUAAAUCUCAUUCUUCUGCGUGCAAUGGUUGAGUCGUCUCUGGAGGGUGCAAUACUUGGUAUGGGGAAAUGUUACUUGGAUGGAGAAGAUUGCAGGCGUAUCGAGCAGUACAUGAGUGCAUCAUUCCUUACAAGGUCAUGCCUCUCCUCUCUCGCUUUUCUGAUUACAAGCACUUUUCUGGGGAUAUCCUUUGAUCUCUUGGCUCCAGUACCCUGGAUAAAGAACAUACUGAAGAAAUUUCGGAAAAAUGACAUGGUUCAGCUAGUUCCUGAGGAAAAUGAUGGCUACCCACUUGAAGAGAAUGACGAAGAAAACUAUCUAAGGAUGCCUCUUGUGUCAGAGAGAGAGGACACUUAUGGUUCAAAUGGGGUUGAGGAACAUGAUCUUUCUGUGUACCCUGUGAAUAGGAGCUUCCAUGUCCCAAAGCAGACAUUUGACUUUGCACAGUACUAUGCUUUCAACCUGACAAUCUUUGCGCUGACCAUGAUCUAUUCUUUGUUUGCCCCGCUUGUGGUUCCUGUUGGUGCUGUCUACUUUGGUUACCGCUAUGUGGUGGACAAGUACAACUUCUUGUUUGUGUACAGAGCUCGAGGCUUUCCAGCUGGUAAUGAUGGGAAGCUGAUGGACCGGGUAUUGUGCAUUAUGCAUUUCUGUGUGGUCUUGUUUCUUCUGUCGAUGUUACUAUUCUUCACAGUUCAGGGGGACUCUACAAAGCUGCAGGCUAUUUUCAUUCUUGGGUUGUUAUUAUGCUAUAAAAUGCUCCCUUCCAGAAUUGAUGGAUUUCAACCAUCUUUAUUAGAAGGAAUGCAGAACAUCGAUAGCUUUGUAGAUGGGAAAACUGACUAUGAGGUUUUCUCAAACCUUGAAUUUAAUUGAAUGUAUAUCAAUCUUGAUAGAUUCUGAAAUUUCAUACCAGCUUGUGAUUAUUCAAAUCAUGAUUGUUAUUUUUUUUUCUUUUAUUGAUUUAGCAUUCUUUCGCACUAUCAGCAUUUAAAUACUUUAUAGGUCUGUAAAAUUGCGAAAAAAUUGUCAUUUCCUUAUUGAACUCUAAAUAUGAUCCGAAGUUUUACAA